AAUUUAUUUUACAAAAUGUACCUUUCAUCAAGAACAUAAGGAAGAUUAGCAAAUCUAAUUAUUACGAUAACUGAAGGGGAAAAAAAAACUGAAAUAGCUAGAUAAGUAUUGGCUGAGUAAAAAAUGUUUGAACCCUACACAGCAUUCAGAAGAUUAGAUUAAUUAAGAUCAGGUGAAUUAACUGUAGCAGACAUUACAGACUUUUUGGCUGAUAAUAAGAUCUUCCCAACAUAAGUUUAGGUUGAAUAUUUGUUUAGAAGAUUGGAUUUGAAUCAUGAUGGUAGAAUCACAUAUCCAGAGUAAUUUUUAUAGAAUAUUAAAAAGUUUUGUUAAGGCCAUUUUACCAAAGGAAGACUCAAGGUUAAGAUAGAUUGCUUCAUUAAGAGAUAGCUAUUACAUUGAAGUAAAUAUGCUAUUACCAACAGAAGUUGAAUGGGGUCUUUCAAGAGUUUUAUAAUAAGAAGUUUAAAAUUUCAAGUAAUUGUUUAAUAUAAUAAAUUUUCUUUAGUUCUAUUACAGCAGCAUAAGAAAUUUUGACAGCCAGUGUAGAUUUUACUUCUUUAGAUGCAUUUAGAUGUAUAGAUUAACUUUAUAUUGGAUAUAUCACAAUAGAUAGGUAUAUAGUAAAUAUAUAUUAAUAGCUUAUAAUCCUUUUUGAGAGCAAAUGGUGCUAAAUUAACAUUUGAUGAAUUAUAAGCUUUCUUUAGAGUAGUUGAUUCUGAUGAAGAUGGUAGAAUUACUUAUUCUGAAUUGUUGGAAGCUAUUACUUUUGUUCCAGAUUAUUUCUAAAAGGAAAGGCAGAUUGUAAAUGAAUUAAGAAAAAGUAGAGAAAGAAUUACAUAACUUGAAAAAGAGAGAGAAGUUUUAGAUGAUUUAUAAAGAAGUAGAGAGAGAGUUGAUGAUUUAAGAAGAAGUAGAGAGAGAUUAGAAUAAUAUCAAGAUUUAUAAAGAAGUAGAGAGAGACUUGAAGAUUUAAGAAAAAGUAGAGAAAGAUUGGAUGAUUUAAGAAGAAGUAGAGAGAGAUUAAAUUAAUUGGAAGAAUUAUAAAAAAGUAGAUAAAGAAUAGAGUAAUUUGAAGAGUUGAAAAAGAGUAGGGAGAGAUAAGCAUAAAUGGAUGAAUUGCGAAAAAGUAGAGAAAGACUUGAUGAUUUAAGAAGAAGUAGAGAGAGAUUGGAAUAAUUAGAGUAAGAAAGAAAGAACACUGAAUAAUUGGAGGAACUACGAAAAUCAAGAAGUAGAAUAGAAGAAUUGUAGAAGUAAAGAAGAAGGAUAGAAGAAUUGAGAACAAGUUAAGAAAGGUUGGAUGCUUUGAAGAGAAAUAGAGAAGAUUUAGAAUUGAGGAGAAGUUAAGAGAGACUUAAUGAAUUAAAAAAGAGUAGAGAAAGAUUGGAAUAAAUAGAAGCAUUAAAAUAGAGUAGAGAAUAAUAGAGAGCAUUAGAUGAAUUAAGAUAAAGUAGAGAGAGAUUAGAAUAAUUGAGAAUGUCAUAAAAUAGAAUAGAUUAAUUAGAAAAUGAGAGAAAAGCAUUAUAAAGAAGUAGAUAAUUGGAGAGAGAGAUACAGUAUGAAAGAUAAAGAAGUAGAGAGAGAUUAGAGAGAUUAGAAUUAGAAGCUUAAUUAUAAAGAGAAAGAGAAAGAGCAUUAGAAUAGGAAAUAGUGACAUAAAGUAAGAUUGUGCAGAGUAGAAUUUAUGAUACCCCUUAGAGAUUUUAUUGAUUAUUG